ACCGAAAUGAGAGGUUUAACGGGCCUUGUCAAAUUUGAUAGGGACGGUUUCCGUAGUAAUAUAGAAUUGGAUAUCGUACGCUUGACUGAAAACGGUCUUAUAAAGAUCGGUGGAUGGAAUAGUACGGUGGGAGAAAGCAUCGAUUGGCUGCCAGAACCACCUUCAAAAUCAGAGAUUAAACUAAAUAUACAAAACAAAACAUUUAUAGUUUUAAUAGCUCUUACACCACCUUAUGGAUUCGAAAAAGAAUCGAUAAUCACGUUGAGCGGCAACGAGCGUUACGAAGGUUUUGCCAUUGAUGUGAUAUACGAGAUUAGCAAAAUUCUUGAAUUUAAUUAUACCUUCGUUGUGGAAGAGAGCACCGGGACGUUGAACAAAAAUACUGGAAGGUGGACUGGAAUGCUUGGAAAAAUUAUAGAUGGAGAAGCAGAUCUGGCCAUCACGGAUCUUACGAUCACAGCGGAUCGAAGCGAAUACGUCGACUUCACAACACCAAUAAUGAAUUUAGGAAUAAGCAUUUUGUACAGGACACCAAAAAAAGCGCCGCCGAGUUUAAUGUCAUUCCUGUCGCCGUUUUCGAAUGGCGUCUUCCUCUACUUAAUUGGUGCUUACAUAAUAAUAUCGCUAUUAUUAUUCGUUGUCGGCAGAUUGUGUCCCGCGGAAUGGAAUAACCCUUACCCUUGUAUUGAAGAAGCAGAAACACUAGAGAAUCAAUUCUCCAUUAAAAACGCUUUCUGGUUUGCAAUAGGCAGUAUCAUGCAACAGGGCAGUGAAAUAGCACCAAUGUUAGUAUGAAAUGUUUUUUGAUAUUAUAAAAU